AUGACUUCGGACGCGCAGAACAAUCCUUUUAUCAGGAACCUUGCCUCGAGUGACAAGAAAGUUCGCGACCAGGCGCUUGAUGCGUUGAAACAAUACCUUGGCGCACAAUCUGAAAUCUUGGAACUCGAUCUCCUAAAACUAUGGAAAGGACUGUUCUACUGCUUGUGGAUGCAAGACAAACCCGCCCUUCAGCAGCGCCUUUCCCGCGACCUCGCAUCCCUUGUAUCUACCCUUCGUACGCCAGUAGUUCUGCCAUUCAUCCGCGCCUUCUUCCUUACCAUGUCUCGCGAAUGGGGCCAUAUUGAAGCACUAAGACUCGACAAAUACCUCUACCUGAUCCGUCAAUACGUUAACGCCUCAUUCGCAUUCCUUAGUCGGAACAAGUGGAAGAAGAACCUAGUGGAACAGUGGAACAGCAUCAUGGAAGAGACGCCUUUGGAAUGCAAGAACAUGAGGAUUCCUAACGGGCUCAGAUAUCAUGUCAUGGAUGUUUGGGUUGAUGAGCUAGAGAACGUCGAGGGCGAUGAAUGGGAGAAGGAGGAGAAUAAGGAGACGUUGGAGAAGCUGGUGCAGCCAAUCGAGAGUAUGGCAAAGAAUGGAAACUUGAAACCAUUGAGAAAUGCGGCCAAAGAGUGUCUCGCUGAUGAAAGAUUAAGAGCUUGGAGAGGGCAGGAAACUGAAGUCGCAAGCGAGCCUGAAGAAGAUGAUGAGGAAGCGGAGUGGGGAGGCUUUGCAGACUAA